UGACAUGUUAAUAGAAUGAUUUUUGAAAUAAUAAUACUCUAUUAACAUAAAAUUGAUAUGUAAUAAAUUUGAUUAACAUUGAAAUUUUAGGUUUUGUAUCCGGUAAAAAAACGCUGAUAUCCCAGCUGUUCGCCAUUGUCCAUUGAGCUGGUGCGUGCACAAAAACUCGUCAAGAUACACCCAAGUGACCCAAGAAGUCAAAUUCAACGAUCCAGUCAGUCGCCACCAUGGAGCUCGCAGCCCUGCUCCUGCUCCUCCUCCCCUUCCUCCUAGCCGGCCUCUUGUACCUCGGGAAAGCCCGCGGCAGCGGCGGCGGCGGGAACGGGCGGCGUCUCCCUCCCUCUCCUCGGGGCCUCCCCGUCAUCGGCAACCUGCACCAGGUGGGCGCGCUCCCUCACCGCGCCCUGCGCUCGCUCGCCGCGUCCCACGGCGGUGCCCAUGGCCUCCUGCGGCUCCGCCUCGGGCAGGUCCCCGCGCUGGUGGCCUCUUCCCCGGCCGCGGCCGCCGAGCUCAUGCGCGCGCAGGACCACGCCUUCGCCACGCGGCCCUACUUCCGGACCGCCGAGAUCCUCACCUACGGCUUCAGAGACCUCGUCUUCGCGCCCCACGGCGAGCACUGGCGCCACGUACGCCGACUCUGCUCCGCGCACGUCCUCAACCCCGCCCGCUCCCGCCGCCGCUACUACGACGCCAUGAGAGAGCGAGAGGUCGCCGCGCUCGUCCAGGCCGUCGCAGCCGCUUCUGCGGGCGGCGUGGUGGAUCUUAGCGGGGCUCUGUACCGGUUCGCGAACGGCGUGAUCUGCCGGGCGGUCUCCGGGUCAAGGAGGCCGGAGGAGGAUUUGGGGAGGAGCGAGGUGUUCAGGGAGCUGAUCGAGGAGAACACGGCGCUGCUGGGCGGGUUCUGCGUCGGGGACUACUUCCCGGCGCUGGCGUGGGCGGACGCGCUGGUGUCCGGCGGCGGCGCGAGGGCGCGGAGGAACUUGAGGCGGUGGGACGAGCUGCUGGAGGAGGUGGUCCGGGAGCACGAGGGGAGGACCGCCGAGGGGGAGGAGGAUUUCGUGGACGUGCUGCUGGCCUUGCGAGGGGAGGCGCAGGAGGACGGGUUCGAGCUGAGUAGGGACGUCAUCAAGUCGCUCUUGGCGGACAUGUUCGCGGCAGGAACCGAGACGACCUUCAUCGCGCUGGAGUGGGCCAUGUCGGAACUGAUAAAGAACCCCGCCGCGAUGCGGAGGCUACAGCACGAGGUCCGCGGCGGGACGACGGCGGCAGUGGCACCUCACGCCGGCAUCACGAGUGCCGACGCGCUCGGCACGAGCGCAACGCGGUACCUGAAAGCCGUGGUGAAGGAGACGCUCCGGCUCCACCCGCCGGUGCCGCUCCUCCUGCCCCGCGAGUGCAUGGGGGACACCGACGUGCUGGGCUGCCACGUCGUCAAGGGCACGAGGGUGUUCGUCAACGCCUGGGCCAUCCACCGUGACCCGGCCACCUGGCACGCGCCCGACGACUUCCUCCCCGAAAGGUUCUUGGAGAGCGAGGUGGACUUCAGGGGCGGGCACUUCCAGUUCAUACCCUUCGGCGCGGGGCGGAGGAUCUGCCCCGGGAUGCAGUUCGGGCUCGACACCGUUGAGCUCGCGCUCGCGAACCUGGUGCGCAUGUUCGACUGGGACCUGCCGGAUGGGGAGGCUCUCGACAUGUCGGACGCCCCGGGCCUGACCACGCCAAGGCGGGUGGCACUCCGCCUCGUCGUGAGGCCGUUCCAGUGCGUGGGGCCGUUAAACCUGGUUGAUUAGCGCGCGGAUGCGUUGGUUUUGUCCCUGUGCUUCGGUUCAGUUUGCUCAGUGAUUGACUGAUUGUCCAUUUUGGUGUAAAUAACCUCCGUAUAAGAUUUUGGCGUCCAGUCUAGUCGCUCUCGGUUUUGCAGCAGCUGGGCAUCCAGUCCGGCCACCAGCAUCAGCGGUCAAACUGGAACAACACACAGUUCUAGGGGCAAAAGCGUGUGGUGUAAACAAUGUUCGGUUCCACUGUUCCAAUUGUUCUCUCCCUCUAUUGCAGCCAAUAAUAAUGCGACCUCAUCUCAUCGCA